AGUGACAGUAAUAAGCAAGUGACAUAUCUUUUAAUCUAUUUUCUCAACUUUGCCUACCCCUUAUUUUUAAUUAUUAAUUACAAUAAUUAAAUCAAAUUAUCCAUAUACUUUGUACAGUAAAGUAUUGAAUUAAAUCUCACAGUUUCAAUGGCGUGUAGUGGUCAAACGAGUUCCAGCAUCUAUUAAAACGUUUAAAGAUGCUGUUGAAUGAAACCGAGCCCUCUCAGUAUUUUGAAAUACCCCCGAAUUGGAUUUACAGAGGGGAAGGCAAUUGCAAUGUAGUAUUAUCUCUGCCGCAAUUGGGGAAGAUUCUCAGAAUACGGAAAACCGGCCGACCCAAAUCCUUUAUAGGCUGGCUGGUGAAAUGGUUAAGUGAUAUUUUAGACUGGCUUUACGGUAAAGGCAUUACAGAGGAAUUGAGAGAUCUCCAAUUUUACUCCACGGUAAUGAGACCUUUAGUGGGCAGAAAGUACACAUCGGAGGCUUGCCAAGUCAUUUUGAAUAAAACGGAAGUUAACACGUUAGAAAACCAAUUGCAUAAAUACAGAUCAGAUUUUCGGAAGCACAAGAUUUUACAAUACGGCAGAGCGUCUUUGUUCGAUGACUUCGCAUUUAUACCGGAAAAUGACUACAAUUAUCUACCAUUUAUCCUCUCCGAUGACACGUUUGCCAUUGAACUAAAACCGAAGCAAGGUUGGAGGCCGUUGAGCGAAAAACACUUUCCCGUUUGCAUAUACUGCAUGCACCAAUACUUAAAGCUGGAGAAGAAGAAGAUCAAAGUCCUCAGCAAGUACUGCCCCGAAGAUCUGUUUUCCGGGAACGAAGGGAGAAUGUUGCGUGCCAUAAAAUCCUUAAUAGAAGUGCCUCAAAAUAAUCUGCGUAUAUUCAAAAACGGUAAUUUGAUAUACGGGGACCAUUUGAAAACGAAUUUCUCGAAUAUUGUUGAGAAUAUUUUCGAUAACGGAGAGAAUUUAGAACAAUUAAUAGAAGAAUUUUGCCACUUGAUCAGGAAAUCAUUAACGACGAAUUUCAUGAAUGUGGAUUCCACCGAGCAUUGCGAGGAAAAAACUUUCUGCGAAUGGAAUAAAAUCAUCCAGGAAUCGAGCGCUAGUAAUGCUCUACCGAAAAACAGCGUAUUGGAGAAAAUACUUUCGAUUCAAAUGCUCGAUACCGAAGGCAGCGAUUACUACUGUAAAUUACUGCAGAAAGCGCAAUUAGAAGACUGGAAUUACGUGGAUAUGUUGCUGGAUAAAGUGACCAACGAGCACAUUUGCAUGAAGUGCACCAUCAUGAAUUUGGGAAAUAACAGUAGAUCUGAGCAAGAAAUCGACCUUGCGUUUAUUCCAUAUUUAAUAUCAGCUAUCGCGAAAGAUUGCUCGUUGAUGAUUACUUUGAAAAGAAUACAAGAAGAUAUCAGUGAUAAUCUCGAAAUCAAGAACAUCAUAUCUACUAAUUAUGGACAUUUCCUAGUAAACAUAGGGGUUUUUGAUUUGUAUCCCAAACGUUUAACGUCCAUCAGGAAACACUGUCAGAGGAAUAAAGAAGUUUACAAGGCUUACUUAAAGGCUACGUCUAGAUUGAGUUCGAUCGAAAAUUUGAAAUGAUUGCUCUUAAGUUUUAUUUACAAUGGGUAUUUAGGAUAUUUGUUUACGGUAUUUUUAAAUGAGUAUUAGUAUUAUUAUACAUCAGUUACGGUGCUUUUAAUGGGGUAACUGAGGCUGGAACAUUUCAGCUUAUAUACAUAUUAUAUUGAAUAAUUAGUUUUUACAUGAAUAUGAGGACUUGGAAUUUUUACACUGUGAUAAGAGAUGUUUUGAUUAGUCAUGAUUUACAAGUAUAUACGUUCUUUUUUGUUAGGAUAUUUCGAGUAAUAUGUUUAAUGGAUUAUUAUAUGCUCCUUUCGCCAAAUAUUGAAAAUAUAUUAAUCAAUUCUAUACCAAAAUUUGUUACUUUUAUAUGUUUUUAAUCAUAAAUAGAUAAUUAUACAUAUACUUAUGGAUUUUAUAAAUAAAUAUGUUUACCUGCUC